AACCUCUCCUCUCACUGAACUCCAUCCUCAUUCCCCACAUCCCUGCCCCUCGUCUUCCCCUCUCAUUCAUUCCACCCACUGCUCGACCCAUCUUCGACCCUCGUCAUUUUACUGCAUCGCACUAUCAUGCCUAGUAGCUCAGAAAGCCGAUAUAUCAGACUUGAAGUCGUCGGUGGAGAGAAUCUUCAAGUCCCUUCUGACCGCAUACCUGCAGGCAUUUACGUAUCCAUCAAUGUCGACUCUCGGAGACGCUGGAAAUCGACUAUCCGUGUCUUAUCAUCUGAUGAAUCUGUAGCGUGGGGGAAUACUUUGACUCUAUCAUCGCAUGACUCACCUGCAUUAUCAAUGGAGAUCAGGGCAUCCUAUGAGGUCGAUCGAAUGCUAGGUAGUGGAGAGAUCAUCGGGAAACUUCAGAUGAAAUGGGAUGAGCUGCUGGGUCAUGGAGACGAGUCAUUCGAUCUAUCCUUCCCACCCGUUCGUGAUGUCUGCCCUUCCCUCACGCUGAAGGCCGUCGUUGUACAUGCUUGUGAUGAUCAGGACAGCACGCUGUCUGAUUCCCUCGUAGACAGCGAUAUUAUUCGAGUCACAGAUGCAGGCCACGCACGAUUGGCCGAAUACAUGACGAGCGGGACGGUCUCUCACCUGAACGAUGCUGUGCAGCAUUUUCAGUUGGUUCUUGACCAGUGUCCGGUCGGCCAUCCUGAUCAUGCAGCAGCACUCACCAACCUCGCGUAUGCCCGCCUUGAAGGCUACAUUCGAAACCAUCUUCAAGACAUCGAUACCACCGCUUCCUUCUUCCGCGAAUCCCUUGCGUUGCGUCCGCAGGGUCAUUCCGAUCACGCAUCAUCCCUCCAUAAUCUCAUUAGAGCAUUGAUAUGGCGCUACAGCAAGGAGUCUACCGCCAUCUACAUUGAGGAAUCCGCGCAGCUGUGCUGCAAGCUGCUGCCCCUCUGUCCAGAGGGCACCUACUUUCGUAGCAUCGGCAUAGACAGUUUGGUCGAUUAUGCGAUCAACAGUCUGCCAACCGACGCAUCUGAUGAAGGCAUUCACCUUCGACGAAACAUGCUCGAGCUUUGUCUCAUGGGCCAACAACACCGUCCAAAUGCGCUUGACAAACUUUCAUGGGCUCUCUUCAUACGCUUUACACAGUGCGGCGACAUUGAUGAUAUAGAUGAGAGCAUUCACCUUCGUCGUGAAGCUGUUUCUCUAUGCCCCACAGGACAUUCUCAUCGCGGUAGCUACCUCAACAACUUGGCCCUUUCACUCAAGAACCGCUUCGAUCACCAAGGCAAACCUAAUGACCUUGAUGAGGCGAUCACUUUGUACGAAGAAGCGCUGCGUCUGUGCCCUGUUGGGCAUGAAUCUCGUGACUUCUCACUGGAUAACCUAGGGCUCUCCCUCAUCACCCGUUUCGAUGAACGCGGCGACAUUGAUGACAUCGCCCGAGCUAUCAGCCUCUAUCGUGAAGCACUGACGUUGCGCCCACCUGGGCAUCCACGUCGUGACGUCACGCUUAAUAACCUUGCCCUCGCACUGAACACCAGACAUGACAAAUCGGAUGUCAGCGAGGACCUUAACGAGGCCAUUGAUUGGUAUCGCGAAUCCCUUCGGUUAAAGCGGCUUGAUGAUCCAGAGCGCCAUAUAACUCUUUACAGUUUGAGCUCGGCGCUCUGCUCUCGUUUCAUGCAAACUCAGACAAAUGAAGACGUCGAGGAGGCCAUUCAACUUUGCCAAGAAGCGCUGGUGUCUCUGCCUUCACUGCACCCAGGCAGAUCCAGGAGCUAUGCAUGGCUACAGAGGGCCUAUCUGUCUCGUUACUGCAUACAACAUAAUCCUGUUGAUUUAUCACUUGCAGUGGAGAACUUCAGACUGUCAUCGCGGCACCCCACUCAAGGAUUCCCAGAACGCAUCGUUCAGGCAUAUAAUUGGACCCUUGCAGUGGAGCAGCAUGGACAUGAAUCCGCAUUGGAGGCCUACUCGAUAUUUUUCGAGCUUCUGGAUGCUCAUUUGGCAACACGAUCGUCGGCGACUUCACGACGCGAAGCUGCCGCUGCCUUCCAUUAUGCCAGAUCAUUGCCUGUAGAUGCAGCCUCGUGUGCCAUCCGCCAUGACAAUCUACGACGCGCAGUGGAGCUCGUCGAGCAGGGCCGUGGCCAGCAAUGGUCCCUGGCCUCUCGACUCAAGACUCCAGUUGAAGACCUCGAGUCAGCAAAUUCGAAAUUGGCGCACGACUAUGUGGAGCUGAGCAAGCGGGUUUACAACGCCGCACAGAGUUCUGCAACCAUCACCGACAGAGCUGCUGCUGAUCGAGCAGCAACAGAAUAUAGGAGGCUUACAAUGCGAUGGGAAGCUGCGGUAGCUAAGAUACGCGAUCUUCCGGCGUUCUCGCGGUUCCUGCUCCCACCUUUGUACAAAAACCUGCAAGCGGCAGCACGUCAUGGCCCGGUCAUUAUCCUCAUUGCGAGUCAAUACUCGUGCAGCGCCAUCAUCGUCCCGACAUCAGGAGACCCCCAUCAUGUUCCCUUGCCAUCUGUCUCUCUCACGGAACUGAAUAAUCUCAAAGAUCGCUUCGCCAGGGCAAUACGACAUGCGUCUAUCAUGGGCCCAAAAGUACCGCGUAAUGAUCUAAUAGUCCUCUUGCGGACAGUAUGGGACGCGAUCAUGCUACCCAUCGUCAACGUACUCGAGAACGUCCUCGAACUAAAGCACCGCUCUCGAAUCUGGCUAUGUCCUACUGCAGCUUUUACGUCUAUUCCCCUUCAUGCAGCUCACCCCUUUCAAACAAAGGCAGAUGGAUCCAAGGAGCCAUGCCUGGAGGAUCUCUACAUCUGUUCUUACACGCCGACACUAUCGGCUCUGGUCAGAUCUAGACAGAUGAUGAAGAGGCGUGUCACUCCGUCCUUCGCUACAAUCGGACAAGGUCAACCAGGUGCAGGGAAAGGCAAGGCGCUCUUGGCUGUCGACAGCGAGCUCGAGCUUGUCCAUAGGCUCGUCCCUGCAACGGCCAACCGUACCACUAUUUCUGGCGAUGAAGCAACACGAGCAGGUGCACUCCAGGCUUUGGAAGAGAACACCUGGGUGCACCUCGCUUGUCAUGGAAAGCAGGACCCUACGCAGCCUUACAAUUCGCAUUUCGUCAUGAGAGAUGAACAUCUGACGCUGCUCGAUAUCAUGGAGAAAGAUAUUCCGCACGCCGAGUUCGCAUUCUUAUCUGCUUGUCAUACCGCCGUCGGGGAUGAGGAAACUCCUGACGAAGUCAUUCAUCUCGCAGCUGGUCUCCAGUUUUCAGGGUUCAAGAGCGUCAUUGGCACGCUGUGGGAAGUCAACGAUGCUGUCGCAAAACACGUCGUUGAAGCGUUCUACAAAUAUAUGUUCAUGGAUUUGAAGGAUGGUGCCGGUAGUGUGAUGGACUGCACGAGGGCGGCCUGGGCCCUCAACCGUGCUACACAUGCUGUGAAGACGAAGGUGCCGCUCGAGCAGCGGAUGGUUUUCAUUCAUAUUGGUGUGUAG